CCCCACCGGGAGCCGUUCUUCUAAGCUACAGUAGAUCUUAAGGUUCUCCGCACGCCUUCGCGACUCCGGGUAAAUGUGAGCAACAAUCCCAGGCUAUUCCCAGCUCCAACAUGAUCCCACCAUGCGAUCCAGCAAUUCUCGAAAACAAUCCUCAAUUCAAAAAGCUCUACCAGCAUCUAACCACCGAGUUACUAAACCCUGAUGGCUCCACGCGCGCCAAUGACGCCCACCCGGCGCGCAAGGCCGUUCAGAAUGAAUUGAGGGAGUUGCAGAUUCGGAAUGCGAAGAGGCAGAUUAAGAAACGGGCGCUGGAGAGGGUUGCGCUGGAUUUGAGAAGUGUUUUACCGGAUGAGCUCCGUGAUCUCAUCGCCAUCAUAGCCCUCUAUCUCCAGUCCCCCAUACCUCCAGAAGAAUCCACACGAGAUAUCCGCGACGGAGAGGACAUGCUUUCUCUCCUAUCACCAGAUUUCGAAACAUUCCACUACAACGCCGAGAGCAUCGCGCGUGCUCUCUCGAAGCUCUUCUCUUCGAACCUAGACACUCUCCGAGCCAUCGCAGAAGCAGGAGCAGAGGCCUCUCAACAGGCACCGAUUUCUUCACAUAUUCCUUCUCUUGCGAAUCAGUCUCGUCUUCGCGCCCGUCCGCGCCAGAGUAGCGCCAGGAUGACACCGCAGGUUACGGUGUCUUCGCAGGUUUCUGCACGGAUGGCUGCUCUGCGAGCCCUUCAACUGGCCGAGCUUCCAGCGGCUAGGAGAAAGAUGGCAGCUACGGCAGCGGCGGUAUUUGCGGUGCGGGGAGAGAUCAUGGAACGAACGGUAGAGUUGCUGGAGCGGACGAAACAUGGGGCAUUAGCGAGAGCGUCUAAGUCGAAGGCGGAGCAUUUGGCGACGGUUGCUGAGGCGGUGGAGGGUAAAGUUCGAGUCAUGAAACUAGAAACACUCUCAGCCAUCUACACGCCCGACGCGCUCGCCGCGCUGACUAACUACCGCGACCAUCUCCAAGACACACGCAGAAGAUUGGAGGAGAAGGAAAAAUCUCUAAUCAAAGAACUCGAAUCCUACGAAGGAACAGGUUCUGCUCAAGAAAACAAUGCCGGCGCGGGAACUAUGGCUGAAAUCGCCCGGCGGUACGGAGCACUGCUCAAGGAGAUGGAAGCUGUCAAGAUGGAAGUCAAGCGGUUGGGAGGAUAGGAUGGUGGAUUAUGUUGAUUUUGCGUGGCGGCUUUCUUUUUCUUUUUCUUUUUUUUUUCGACUGUUUGAUACCCCUGUGAAUAUGGAUUCUGCGGUAGAUUGUAAUUGUCGCCUGUAUAGAUCUAUAGAUAUUUUACUAAUAGGAUAUCCAGUAUGGAC